AUGGAAAUUGACUUGCGCGACCGCGGUAUCGCGCGUCUCUGCUUUGAUGCUCAGGAGACGAACAAGGAAGAGGCAACGGUCGCCAGCGCUGUCGCUGCACUGCUGGCUGACCAUAACCGUAUCGACUGUGUUAGGGGGCUCAAUACCGUCUUCGUGAACCUCGUCGAAAUCCGACUUUCCCACAAUGCGUUGGGUCGACUCAGCACCCCGUACGAUGCUGUUCGGCAGAUCUCUCUGCGUGAUCUUGCCGCCGCGUCAUGCUGCUGCGAUGGUGUGGCGUCUUGGAUUCGCUGUCUCCCCGCCACACUGCAGGUGAUCGAUGUUGCCUUCAACGGUCUACACAGCUUCCUUGAGUGCACCUGCGAGUGUGCAUCCUCUCUAGAGCUGCACGUUGCCAGGGAUGGAGUGAUGGUAAAGCCCUUAGUCUUCGAUACGACCAUGUCCCUCGCUCGGCUGCUGCGCCACCGUUUACCCUUCGCGCUGCCUCUCUUUUUCUCUGCUCAGCGGUUUCCUCAACUGCGGGAGCUCAACGUGUCGCAUAACUCCUUGAAUGUGAACCUCUGUGAGAGCGAUGAGAUGCAAGACGGGUACAAUGCUCUCCAGGCAUUGUUGGCUGAGCAUCCCUUCACCGCGGAAACCGCAGCGACGCUGUCCUCCGUCGACCUCUCCCACAACCGAGGUUUGGCUGCCCUGAACUGCUUCUUUUUCUCGAUCCCACCAUGCACCGAGACGAGUUCGAAGGGGACGGUAGCGGCAGCUACGCAGUCAGCUGUUGCGCCGCUGUGCUCGGUGAACGUGGCUGGCACCGGGAUUGAGGAUCUUCAGGGCAUCUCAGCCAUAAGCGGGCACGGUGGCGCUGUGCAGUGGGACCUACAUCUCCACCCGUCGCCGGUCUCUCGCAUGAUCCUUGGCGCGGCACCGUCUGUGAUGCUACAGCUUACCCACGCUAUCGUGAGCACGCGCGUUGACGAGCAAAACAUGCUGGCUGCUGCACUGACCGAGGUGAUGCACGAGGGUGGGAUCUCGAGUACUCCCAUUGCGCGCUUUCAGUCGGUAGCCCAACUGGACGCUCUGGAGCAGAUCGCUGCGGCGGCUAUCUUGAAAGAGCAGCCGAAUAUGAGUACCGCCCUACCCGACGGCGCGACUUGGAUUUCCACUCUUGCGUACGCCUGCCUUCUGCGUCAAGUUAUUCCCUCCCUUCGCACCUUGGACGGGGCUUUGUGCGUGGAGCGGUGCGAGCAGCUCUUCUUGUCGUCUCUGUGCCAGCUACUGCUGGGAGACCCUCGACCACAACGAGCCUCAUCCUCUUCUCUCUUACCGAUGAGAGCUCCUCCCCCGCUCCAUCCAAGCGCGCCACCUGCGCUGCCAUUGUCGGUGCAGCGUGGGCUAGGCGGCGCCGCCCACUGUGUCGCACCGGAGUUGCAAUCACGUAUUGUGAUCACCACGGAAGCGCCAGCAGCGAAUGGAACCGUAGUAGGUGCUGAGGUCGUCGAUACUUUUACUACUGCUGCUGUUGUGCGUCCAGGCCAAUUUCAGGCAGCGCUGGUCGCCCUCCGCCCGAGUUGUUCCAGCUCGGUAGCAGCGCGGGCGACCACCACCCGCACCUCGUCUUGCCAUUCUACGAUGAGUGCCUCUUCUGUGUGCGCUGAAGAAGGCGCGGCCGUGUCAGGCAACAGCGACGCUCUCCCACCUGUUCCUGGAGAGGACUGGUUUACGCCAUCUGGCCUGGCGCCAGAGGAGAGGGCGCUAUACGAGUCUCUGUGCCAGGAAGCCAAGGAACUGCAGGAGGCGGUGCUGGCAAGCAACGAGCGAUGCCGCGACAUCUGGGCGCACACUGAAGCACUGCAACAGCAGCUCAGGCAGGACCGAACGCUCGUGGCAGACCAGCGGAAGGAGAUCGGUCGGUUGCGGCAGGAAAAGGAGCGCCUCCAGGGGAGUGUGGGACAGGCAAAGCGCCGAUUGGAGAAGCGGCAGAAGGAGGUGACCUACGGCGUCACGGCUAUGCAGUCUCGCGAGGUGGCGGCGCGAGAGAAGGCGGCCAUGGAGCGGAUCGCGGCGCGGGAGAAGGAGCUGGCGCGCCGUGAACGUCAGUUGCGUCAGCGUGCAGCGCGGUCUGGUGCGCUGGCUGUGGAGUACCACCGCAACGGCCCGCCUGGGCAGCGGAAGAAGCUGCGCAGCGAGGUGCUGCGUGAGGCUGCAGUUCGCAAGCGCUUGGCUGAGCAAGAAAACAAGGACCCCCUCGCCUACUCGCCGUCGCCCUUCAAGGCGGAAGUGCGUCGCUGCAGUCCUCGCCCAUCACCUGAUCAGAGACCGACCGCUCGCACAGCUACCCAGGAGGAGCAAGAUUACUUUAGGCUCUAUGGAGACGCGGACCGCCCUGGACUUUGCGAGGUGGCAGAUCACUACGUGGCACAUCUCCCUCUUGCACAGCAGCAGCAGCUUCGUGAAGCGUCUUCGCAGCUACCUUCCAGCGGCAGCCUUGACGAAUCGCGCGGCCGAAGCCACAAGGCAGCGUCAUUGCAGCGGCGUGGCUCCCCGACAAGCGGUGAGGUAGUCGACCCCCUUGUCGACUACGUUGGAGAGACCGACGCGAGGAACCGCAUGCCGUCUUCGGAGGCGGCUCGUGAUUUGAGCUCCCUGUCACUGUCGGAGCUGCUGGAUGCUGCGGCCGCGAUUCGGCAGAAGCAGCUUGCGCUCCAGCGGUUGCAGCACCAGUGGCGACGACCACCGGUGCCUCCUAUGCCGUCUCCCGCGAGAGAAGAGACGACGCACAUUGUGGACGUCGUAGUACAGUCGACCUCGGAAAGCGUUUCCCACCACCCCCGCAGCGGCAGUCACGACAGCGUCGAUGCUGACGACGCGGGCGCCCCACAGACGCCUUUGUCGGAUAUACACUUGCAUGUUCUCACCGACUGUAGACACUCGCCAUUUUCAUCGCCCGCGCAUGAACGGGACUCCCCAGCGCUGAACAGCGCACAACAACUCUUUGAUCGCAUCCUUGACCAGCGAGCAGCCGUGACAGUUGGCCUGAUGGCGGCAUCCACAGGCGUGAAGGCUGCCGUUGACAACCGCACGACUCACAUGGUUGGUUUUCUCUCCUCCAAGCAAGGGGACCGGGGCUCUCCAAGCGAUGCGUAUGGAGAGGAGCGCGAUGACGCCACUGGUGACCUGACGAGUGACGCUCUCACAGACAAAGCAGAAGACGCCGUUGCGCAGCGACCGCAGACUAACCGCGCGCUGUUUCGGUAG